CUGUAUACACCAAAAAGUCCAAAACCCCUUCUCCAACGCGAUGGCCGCGAUGCCAGAUCUGGAACACGAUGCUCCUCCGUCGGCCUCCUCACCGUCCCCGCCCGCCCAGAUCCGGCGAUCCCUACACCUUGCCUUCUGCGGCGGCGCAGUGGCCGAUGUGCUCCUUUGGAGGCGGAGGAACGCGGCGGUUUUCGUGGUUGCUGUCGCUACGACUGUGUGGUUCCUCUUCAAUUGGUCCGGCUACAACUUCUUGUCAUUCAUGGCCAAUGCCGUCCUCCUCCUUGUGGCCAUCCUCUUCUUUUGGGCUAAGUCUGCGUUGCUCCUCAACAGGCCUCUUCCGCCCCUUCCUAAUCUCGAGGUUUCCGAUGAGAUGGUCAACAAGGGUGCCGAGAGAGUCCAGGUGUGGCUCAAUCGGAUCUUGGAUAUAGGACACGACAUAGCCAUCGGCAGCGAUAGGAAGGUCUUACUCCAGGUUAUGAUGACCCUGUGGAUCGUCUCCUAUGUUGGAUCUUUAUUCAACUUCAUUACACUUGUCUACAUCGGAGUUCUUUUGGCUAUCACGAUUCCUGCUGUUUAUGACAAGUAUCAAGAUCAUGUCGAUCAAAAGCUUGAAGUUGCACAGAAUGUGGUCUUAAAGCAGUAUGGGAACAUGUUAAGUAGAGUCCAAGAACAAUCAACAAAACGGAAGAAGACCCAAUAAAAAAUUCAUGCCUUCAAAGUCUUUGCCAUGGUUUUUCACAUAGGUAGUCACAUUUCCAGUUCUUAUAUAUAUGUAGUGCAUUUUGCUUCCUUGUCAAUCUUUUUUCCUUUAUGAAAAAAGAAUCACUGAGGUGGCAUCCCUGUCUAACUAUGAAACUUGAUGAUACACAAUCACAGAUACUUAAAUGAAUUUGAUGGAUGACUUUUGUUGACUUUGUGUGUCAUAUUUGAAUGAAUAGUACUUGUUGUUUCUCAA